AUGUGGUUUACGAAGGGUAAGGGUCAUAUUCAGAACUUACUCCCCAUUCUGAUUAUUUGGUACCUUUGGAAAGCUAGAAAUGAGUCUAAACACGAUGAUAUUAAGAUGAAUGCUAAUCAGAUUAUUACCAAUAUUAGAAAUAAGGUUUUACAAUUGAUCUCUGUUAACCUUAUUUCCUGUAAAAACUUUACAAACAGUACUCUGUUAGCUAAUUUUUUUGGCUUAAAUACUGCUACUACUGCUGCGGUUAAGCUGGACAUUGUUAAAUGGUUAAAACCUAUUUUUCCUUAUGUCAAACUCAAUACAGAUGGUUAUGUUGGAACUAAUUCAGCUGGCAUUGGUGGUAUUAUUCGUAACCAUCUUGGUAAUCCAAUGGAUGUUUUUUCUGGGCCUCUGAAUUUUUGUUCUGUGUUAACUGUCGAGUUGUUGAGUUUAAGUUAUGGUUUAGACCUUUGUUUGAGGUUGGGUUACCAUCAUGUGAACAUUGAAGUCGACUCUAAAACUGUCAUUCAUGUGAUUUCUGAGAACAAUAAUUAUUUUCAUAAUUGCAUGGCCACCACUAAGAGGUUAUCUGUCUUGAGUUUUAACGGGUUAUCCAUGAGAGGUUGUGUCUAUAGUAAGGUGAUUACUAAGAAGAAUUUCUGCUAUGAUUUCUCUGGUCUUUGCGAGCAUAUCACUUAUCUUUCUGUUAUUGCUCUUUUCAGGAUCAAUAUUUCUUCUGAGUUCUGGAGCUUAAAUGUUUGCAAGGCUCUCUCUGAAGAUUGUGCUGAACGACUUUAA